AUGACACCAAAGCAGAUAAAAUCAAAAAUAAAAACUGAUUUUCUACGUCAAGUUACAUCAACAAGAGAGUCAAAAUCAAAUUUAGAUAUACAACCCACAGUGGACGAAAACAAAACGGAUACAGAAGAAGGAGAAUCAGAUUUGAACACUGACAGGACAACAUCGGGUGAACAAUCCUAUCCAUCACAGAAAAGAGUUCUUCAUGCACCGAUCACGAAACCUCCUCCUGCCAAAAGAACCCAAGCCAAAGAAAAACGAUCAUGCGUACAGGGUGCCCUUGAAGAAUUUAAUGAUAUUGUUUCAAAAGUGAACAAACAGGAUGCAUUUGAUGUUUUUGGACAGUAUGUUGCCAUAGAGCUUCGAGAAUUACCUAGUAGGGAGGCAAUAAUACUACAACAACAAAUACAGAAUUUGAUUACUAAUACAAAACUUUCUAAUCUGCCGUCUUCAUCAUGUAUGCCAUCAUGUUCACCCUCUACAUAUGCUCAAUCUGUAGUUUGCUCCAUUCCACAACCAUCACCCGAUCCUGAUAGUGUUAUUACUGAAAAUUAUACAUCUACUACAAAUACCAAGAAAAGUACUGACUACGCCAAUGUCCUUCCAAAUACUGUUUGGAACAAAAAGAGUUCUGAUGUGUUAGAGGAAGCCAUGCAGAAUAGUUUCCUUGAUAGUACAGACAAUGCAAUUUAUAUAGAAAGUACACAAAAGAGUACGAGUAUGUUCGGAUGCGUCUCGUGCAGUUCGUUCUUGCUGGUAUUUGUUUCGUGGUAGAAAGUCGGCGAAGUGGUGUUUGAUUAGUAUUGAUGCACUCGCGAUAAAAUUUUCCCUUUUUUACCGGUUGUAUAUCGUUCAUUAGUGGUGCCGCACUGGAUUUAUCUCCAAUUAUUUAAUUUUAUUAUUGGUAACAAUUUGCACAGAUAAAAACUAGUUUUUCCGAUGCCUUCAACGCAAUGCGGGUGUUGCGGACAGCUGGUGGGGAGAGAUAAAGCGGGAAUUCACUGCGUGUCAUCGGCUCUUACUACAAAAAAUUGAACAUGUUGGUUUACCCUACAGCAUUCAACAGUGGCUUGCUUCCUACUUGGCUGAUAGAACGCAGUCGGUUACAGUUAGAGGUUUUUCCUCGCAGACGGUGUAUUUACGGUGUGUUUAAUAUUUAUAUUAAUGACAUAUUUAAGUGUUUUAAACACGCUAACUGUUUAAUGUAUGCAGAUGAUCUAAAGAUCUUCUGCCGCGUGUCAAAUCCUAGAGAUUGUUCUGCUCUUCAGCGUGAUCUAUACGAACUUGCUCAAUAUUGUUGCACAAACUUCAUCACCAUGAAUUAUAGUAAAUGCUUUACAAUUACUUUUACAAAAAAGCCUGGUCCCAUACGCUUUGACUACAUCAUUGGAGGGAAGUUGUUGAACAGGGUUACUUCUAUAAGAGAUUUGGGCGUGACGUUUGAUAGUAAGCUAUUAUUCAGUGAGCACGUCGAUUCGGUGGUUAGCAAGGCUUUUCGUAUGCUUGGUUUCGUCAUGAGAUCGGCUGCUGAUUUUACCGACACUAAUUCAUUAAUGACUCUCUAUUAUACGUAUGUAUUUAACAUUUUGAAUUAUUGCACUGUUGUAUGGAAUCCACAAUAUAAUAUAUUUGUGGAACGACUAGAGCGUGUCCAAAAGAGAUUCGUUCGUUUUUUAUGCUGGAAAUCUCAUACUACCUAUGCUGACUACAACUCGGCGUGCCAAUCUUUCCACUUGUUACGACUCGGCCAAC